AUGCCCAAAAUCGAGAAACUAAAAAAACUAAAAACUAAGAAAAAAAACCCUAAUUUAGUCGCCGUUAAAUCUAAAUCUAAAAGCAAUACUUCUUUAACUUCGGUUAAACAACAAGAACUUAAGAAAUUAGUCGCGGCUUAUCAACAACUUACUGAAAAAACUGAGCAUCCUAAACCUACUAAUGGUCAUUUAACUGCCAAAGAUGAGCAAGGUUUUCAUCGUCUCUAUUCUUCUAAUGCUGCUUUACAGAAGAUACAUAUUUCGCAAAUAACCCGAGAAGAGGAACUAGAAAACGAUAAUAAUUAUUUAAAAAGUGAUCAAAACCUUUAUGAUCGACAGUUAAAGAAGUUUGUUUUUCCCCCUCAAGAAGAAUUAGAAAGAGCAAGAAAGAGAAUUGCUCGUCCGGGUUAUCGUCGAAUAAAUAUUGGAUUAUUACCUAAUGCUACUGAAUCUGAUAAGGUUAAGUAUCAUCUUUGCCUUAGCAUCUCUCGUUAUCAGGAUGAAAAUGAUUUAUCCGAAAAGGAGUUAGCACAAAGAUUAGGAAUUAGUAAAGCUAAAUUAGAAUAUAUUUUGUUUCGUCACCUUGAUAAGUUAACUUUGGAAGAACUAAAGCCUCAUCAAAAACCCACUAAUCUUCGCGAGUAUAAUUGUAGCAUUACCAUUGAUAAGCAAACUUUUACUAAGUUAGAAAUUAGCCCUGAUUAUCAAGAAAAGAAUCAAGAAUUUGUCGAAGGUUUAAGAGAAAAAGAAAAAGGAAUUAAACUAACUAAAUCUGAAUUAGCCCAAGUAUUAAUAACUGAUGAUUUAAUCAGGGAACUAGUUAAGCAACUACAUGGAAAAAGUGAACAAGAAGUAAAGUUUGAAGGAAGUUAUUAUCAUUACACUUAUCAUACUUAUGAACCAGUUUUCAACCGAAAUAUGGUAAGACCAAAGAAAGUCAAAGUAAUAGGAAAAUUCACCAAUAUUGAAAACUUAAAAAGCAAUUUUCUAAAGAUAACUACGCCACGGCAAAAAUCCAAAGAAAGUGGGAAUAGUGCUUUUGAGAAUGAUGCAGGUAUUGCUAAUAUUAGUGAGGAUAUCAAUGAAAUAAAACUUUCGGCUAAUGAAGAAAUAUUUAGGAACAAUCAGCAAGCAUUAAUUAGUAAAUUAAAUGAUUUAAUUAUUUUUUUGGAUGGAUUUAACAAAAAACUGCAAAAGCAAUUAACCGCUAUCGAAAAAUUAGAACCUAAACAUCAAAAAGAACUUUUAGAUUUAGAAAGUCAGGCUAGAGCAGCAGAAAGUGCUUAUAAAGAAAACUUACAAAAAGCGAAUGAUGAAACUGAUCCAACUAAAAAAGCAGAAUUUAUUGUUUUAGCCAAUCGUGCUGCUCGCGAUGCUGAAAAAAUUAAACAAAAGAUAAAAACUAAUCCUUUAAUGGAAGUUAGCAAUUUCAGUUAUUUAGAUGACUUAAAAAAACUUGCUAAAGGUAAUGUUCCUAAAAAUGCUAGUGCUGAUAAAAAAGGUGAUAGUUCGAAUUCUAAUAAUCAUAAAAACAGCGAUGAUUUUUUAACUAAAUACCGUAAAGAAAUUUUUAUGAUGUUUGCUAGUUUAUUUCCAAAUGGCGAUAAAGAUGAAAGAUUUUAUUUUUCUCGCGCCGCGCCUUACAAAAUUUUCUUUCCGCCAUCUCUACAAAAUUGUUAUGAUAAGGGUAAAGAAUUAGAAACAGAAGCAGAUCCAACACGAGGAAACUAUGAAAAUGGCUUAGGAAAUAAUGCUUUAUUUUAUGGAGCCCCUGGCACUGGCAAAACUGAAACUAUGCGAAAUUUAUGUGUCAAAACUAAUAAAUAUCCGCUGGUAGUGAUUGCGGGUUCUGAUUUGACUCCGACUGAAGCCGACCAAAAAGCUGAAAUAUUGCCUUUACACAAAUUUGCUUAUACCAUUACCAAUCAGAUUAGUAAUAAUUCACUUAUUUUUCAACCAAAUCAACUGAAAUUUCUUAAAGAUUGUUUAGAAAGUGCAGAUAAGGAUAGGGAUAGCAAGAAUUUAAGAAAAGAAAGUGAACGAGAAAGCAACGAUGAUGACGAAGAAGAUGAAAAAGAGGUAGAAAUCGAGAUCGGAGAUUAUGAAAGCGUUCAAAAACCGACAUUAGAAAGAAGUCUGAAUAAUCUUGUUACGGUAAUAAAUGCUAAAUUAGAUGAAAUAAUCGAACAACUGCAACCAAGCGGAGAUGAUGGAAUAGAAGACAGAAUUAUAAAAUUAGAAGGCGAAGUUAGAGUUUGUGCUUGUAUAGGAUGUGUGGCGGCAAUAGGGAUCUGUAUCGCUAGUGCUGGAACCGCUACUCCCUUUAUUGCCGCUAGGGAUAAAAUAGACCAAGAAAAUGUAGAAGCAGAAAAGAGAUUGAUGGAGAAUGAACGCUACAAAGAAAUUUCUGAUGCUGCCAAGGCACAAUUUCAAAGCAAUCAAAAUAAUCAAAAUCAACUCAUUACCUUAGUGGGUAAACUUAAUGGAACAUUACCUCGUGAAAAACAUGAAACCGAUGAAUAUUUAAAAGAACAAAUCGCUAUUGUUCAAAACAAUUUAAAACAAGGUGAAGAAAGAUAUAACCAAUUACUGACUGAUUUAGACAAAGCCAGAAAAGAAAUACUAGGAGGAUUUAGUUUAAUGAAAAUCCUGGGUUUAGAUAAAAUGAAAACCAUGGACAAAAUAAUGUUAAUUGGUGGAGUAGUAUUAAUUCUUUAUCUUUUGAAAGGUUAA